AUGUUUUACAAUCGUAAAUUGAUGUGCAGCAAGAAUCUUGGAAAAGCGUGGAAGGCCGCCAACGACAUAACCAUAACGGAUGAAGAAGACAUUAACUUACUUAAAAUUUGUACAAAACUAGGAAACUGGAUGAGCAGCGAUGAGCAAGAGGCUCGGAGGCGAUUUUCUUUGAGGACAUCAGCCACGUUCCUCGACGGAGCCGCUAAACUAUACAAGCGUGGUAUUCAACAACUUUUGGAAGACGCGAGUAAGCUAGACAAAGAGAUGUCUUGCAAGCGACGACGCUCCGGAUUCUCAACGCAGACAGUCUUAAACAAUACCAGCACGCAUUCUUCGAGCUCUGUGCCGACACCUGAAUUGAUUAUGAAUUCACGUCGUUCCCAAAGUAUAGAUACCUCUCCAAUAUUGACAAUAAAACGAAACAAUAAUAAUUACAAUAAAUCAAACGACAAUAAUUCAUUCAGUUUUGUUGGUCCAAUAAUCUCUCCAGACAUGAGUCAUGAAAAUACUAUCAACCCUGAAAAAAGCAGUUCAAAAAAUGACAGGUCAAAAAACCAGACGUCAAAAAGAGACCAAGGGGUCCAAACAUCAUCGAACAGCCACGACGAAGGAGACGACAUAACAAAUGGUUUUGAUAAAAAUCUCCCGUUCGGAUACAUUUUGAUUCACGACAAUUACAACUCCAAAAUACCGAGUAGAAUUAUAUUCUCGUCACUCAAUUCUGAAGUCAGACGUUUAUUGUGA